AUGACUUCACAAAAAAUUCAAAAGGAUAUUGUUAGUGCUUGUGCACAAGAAACUGUGAAAGCUAUAAUUGAUGACUUGGGAGGGGAUUAUUUUGGGGUAUUAGUUGAUGAGUCCAAGGAUAUUUCACACCAUGAACAAAUGGCCCUUUCUUUGCAGUAUGUUAACAAAAAAGGCCAAGUGAAUGAGUCAUUUAUUGGUAUUGUUCGUGUUGUUGUGGUUAAUAAACAUAAGGAGGUGGAAACUUUCUUUGCUAUAAUUGCUAACGUGUUGAAUGUAGUUGGAGCAUCUUUUAAGUGUAGAGAUCAACUUCGCGAUCAUCAAGCAGAAUUGUUGGAUAAAUUGCUAGAGAGUGGUGAACUUCAAAGUGGGAAAGGAUUAAAUCAAGAGCGAGGGCUUCAAAGGCCAGGUGACACUCGUUGGGGAUCACAUUAUAGAACGUUGGAUAACUUUAUUGUUUUAUUUUCAUCUAUUGUUCACGUGCUUGAGGUGGUUGAAUAUGAAGGUUCUGAGGCUGAUGAUAGAUUACAAACAGAAGCGUUUUUGAGUAAAAUCAAUGAAUUUGACUUUAUUUUCUUGCUUCACUUGAUGUUGAAAGUAUUGAUGAUGUCGAACGAGUUGAGUAAAGCUUUGCAGAAGAAAGAGUAA